AUGCUCUGGAACUGGAACACGAUCGACUCGUGCUUCAUCGCCUCGUCAUGGAAGAUCACAUCCCACGGCGUGUUCGCCGGCUCCUGCAUCGGCGUCGUGCUCCUGGUCGUCGUGCUCGAGCUGCUGCGCCGCGCCGUCAAGGAGUAUGACCGCUUCCUCAUCAACAGGUACCUCAGCUCGCAGGUAUCCCAAGUGGCCGCCGCCGACUCACCGAAGAGGAUGUCCAACGAAGGUGGCCCGGCGCCCACGUGCGCCGCCGCCGACUGCAGCAACAAGGGAUACCGUCCGACCAUCCUUGAGCAGGCGAUCCGGGCGCUGCUGCAUAUGCUGCAGUUCGCCGUGGCCUACUUUGUGAUGCUACUCGCCAUGUACUACAAUGGCUACUUCAUCAUCUGCAUCUUCAUCGGCGCCUACAUCGGCAGCUUCGUCUUCCACUGGGAGCCCCUUGGCGGCGGACAGCAAACCAGCGCGGCGAAGGAGGCAACCGUGUGCUGUGGGUGA